AUGGCGACCAAGGUGCAGCGCAUCAUGACCCAGCCGAUCAAUUUGAUCUUUCGGUUCCUGCAGACCAAGGCUCGGGUGCAGAUUUGGAUGUACGAGAAUCCGGACACGUGCGUCGAGGGACGAAUCGUCGGCUUCGACGAGUACAUGAACUUGGUGUUGGACGACGCGGAGGAGGUGACGGAGAAGAAGUCGCGUCGCGUCGGCGUGGGGAGGAUUUUGUUGAAGGGGGAUAACAUCACGUUGAUGCGAAACGUGAGCAAGUGA